GUUAAGCAGAGACUUAUAUAAGCAGCAAACAUUUAUCAUUAGAAAAACAUAAAGUUGAACCAGUUAAAUUUAACAAUAUAUAAACAUGAAUAAAUAUACUGUAGCCGGUUUGGUAGUGUUGAGCAUGGUGAUUUGCUGCACGGCCCAAACACUAGACCCUAAACUCAAAACCUUAACACUCAGUCAAACGAAAAAAGACAACAAUUUGGUAUUGGUUUGCGAUCUAUCGCUCGAGAAAAAUCAAGAUUUGGCCGGUGUUUACAUGCGAUACAAAGACCAGUGGUAUUACGGGGUAAACAUCGGAAACAUGAGAGAGCGUUACAGACCCGAGAUAAUAGCCAGCGAUCGGCUAAUAGACCGGACGCCACCCCUCUAUGACAGGACCAGUAAAUACGGUCGCAUCCGAAAUGUCAUAACCGGCGCCACAGAGUCCGACGAUUACGACUGUUGGGUGACAUUCAGUGUCAGUGGUAUAACUUUCUACCAGUCCUCCCGAGAGGUUAUCACCGAUCGCCGAUUUGUGAAGACAGCCAUCUAUGACAACAAUGUAUUGAGCAGUCGUUACCGCAUCGGAGAUAACGUUAGCAUUCAUUGCGAUUAUCAGAUGCAAAACAAAGAUAUCUUCAGGGAUAUCACUGUCAGCAAAGAUGGCAACCAAUUCUUCAGAUACCUUUCACACAAUAAUGUGAAAUUCACGCCUCAGAAGGGCGUAGAAAAUAUACAAAUGGAUGCGGACAACAAUAAACAGCUCUAUCUUACCAUCAAUCCGGUUGAUAAAGCAAAUGUGAAUACUGGGGGCCAGUACGAGUGCAAGGUCAAUUUUAUUAACCCCGAUGAUGUGGAAGAUCACAUAGAGACUCAGCAGUCACUUAAUCGCAUCAGUUUUUGAGAGUUUUAUUUAAAACUAUAUUAUAUUUUAAGAUUCAA